AUGCUCCCAGAGCCAAACUUCACCACAACUUCGAACCUCACAACCACAAUUCCUAAUAGUGGUGAUGGUGGCUGCCCACCAGUCGGUAAACAACUGGGACGUGUGAUCCUGACCCCAGUCCUCACCAUUUAUGUCAUACUGGGGCUGCUGGGAAACAUAGUCGCCCUGUGGAUAUUCUGCUUUAAACUGAAGACCUGGAACCCUAACCACCUGUUCCUCUUCAACCUGGUUUUCGCCGACUUCAUGCUUCUACUAUGUGUGCCGCUGAUAAUCGAUGAAAUGCGCAGGGGCCACUGGGUGUUUGGAGAUGGCCUGUGCCGGAUCAACCUCUUCCUGAUGUUUACUAACCGCUCGGCCAGCAUUGCGCUCAUGACCGUGGUGGCCAUUUACCGCUACUUUAAGGUGGUCCACCCUCACCACUGCUUCACCCGCAUGACUCAGCGGCAGGCUGCGUUCGUGUUGGUGUUAGUCUGGCUGUUGGUGAUCAGUCCUUGGGUUCCCAUUCUGGCUUAUAACCACAUCAAGGGCAGCGGCAACAACACCCGGUGCUUGUUUUUCACUCCUCACAAAGAGGCGCCCCGCGCCACCAUCCUCCUGGUGGCCAUGCACCGCGUGCUGAUGGUGCUGGAGUUCAUCUUCCCACUGGCCAUGCUGCUGUUCUGCUCCAUCCGGAUUUCCAGCUUCCUAAAGGCACGUCAGAUGGGAAAACCUGACAAGGUACGCAAGGCAAUGCGAGUGUGCACUGCCAUCGUUGGAGUGUUUACGGUGUGCUUCCUACCCGGUACGGUGACGACCAUUGGGUUGUGGGUCAUCAGCUCAUACCGCAGGUGGGACUGUGCCGCCUUCAACACCAUUGUGCAGCUCAACUAUGUGUCUUACGGGCUGAAUUUCCUGAACUCAGCACUGGACCCCAUUGUCUACGUCUUCUCCAGCUCCAUGUUCAGGAAGGCCCUGUUGAGUGCGUUGCCCUGCGCCAUGUGCUGCGGACAGAAGACAGGCGAGAACACGCCUCAGUUGACCACCCAGGCAGAGCUGAAACCCAUAAGGGUCAAUGACGACUCCAGGCCUCCUCAGAAUAAAAUGACCUGAGAUGUAAUAAUCUCUAUAACAAUGUUUUACAUUUCGUUGCCUCUGUACCUGUACUCUGUGCAAUGACAAUAAAUUGAAUUCAAUCCAAUCCAAUAACAAACACUUAUUUUUACAAUUAAAAACCGUGAUAUAUUAAAGAGGCUAAUCAGUGUGAUGUUUUACAUAUUUUGAAUACCAAUCAUCUGAUGUUUGUGAAAAAGAUUGUUACUUCGACUACCGUGUUAUGAGGAGAUAGCCUAGUUCCUGAUGUUCAGUUUGUGUUGUACAUUGUACAUACCAGUGUCUGACAAGGCAGCCCAUUUGUCCAAUCAUUCAUACUUUUGAUAGUCUCAAUCCUACACAGCAUGCAUGGCAAGACAUUUGUUACCUGGAUGAUAUCGUUCUUAGUUUGAUCUUUGAACUUGGAUUUGGACAAUAAAAUAGACAAUAUUAUAUAUAUAUAUAUAUUAUAAUAUAUAUAUUACACACCGUUACUGUGAAAUCAAGUUUGGCCCCAUAUUGCUACACAUUGUGCACCUUUAGGGGAUGUAUUGUAUUUGUGUCCUCUAAUAAACUUGUUAUGCUUCACUAUUGAUGAAGGCUUUUUUUUUUUUAAACAUUCAGAAUGUUUUGUUGCUGUUCAAUUUUUUUUUUUUAAAUAAUCCUUUGUAAUAUUUUUAAACCACUGUGAUUUGUACAAAAUGGAACAAAACAAGUAGGAAAACUACUUUGCCGUUUUAGUAUUUUAAUGUUUGACUUGGCUUUUAUUAAAAUUUAACAGAAUAUUUUACCAAAGUGUGUUUGUUAUUUCUACAUACUGACUGUCUUAAUCCUGUCCUGAAUGUCUAACUCUAGUCCUGAUUUUAUAGAUGCAGCAACUUGGAACUACAGUCACUUGGCAAACCGAUAAUGAAGUUUUAUUAGUAAUAAUACUCAUAGUGUAUGCAAAACCUCCACUGAUGGUACCAGGCUGAUGUACCAACCAUUUUUGGUAAAAGCAUACUUCACAAUAUGGUAGGAAGAAAAUACCACCAGAUAUCAG